AUGGAAGCCCUGCACAAGAACGUUGUACUGAUUGGCGCCAGUGGUAACCUUGGAGUUAAUAUCCAAGACCAUUUUCUGUCUCAAAAAGACUCGCCACUGCACGUGUCCGUCUUAACGAGGAAAGAUUCCGGUGCCAAAUUUCGUCCUGGCUUGAAUGUCAUCGCCACAGACUACAGCUUUGAGUCACUUGUUAAAAGUUUGCGAGGACAAGAUGUUGUCAUCAUGCUUCUCCCACCAGAGUCCACCGUCGACCAUGAGACUGUCAUCGAUGCAGCCGUCAAGGCAGGCGUUAAGCGCUUCUUCCCUUCUGAGUACGGAGUCAGGACCUACUACCCAGCUUUUGCUGAAAACAUGUUGCUCGCUACCAAGAAAAGAUCUAUUGUCCAACACCUAGAGACAACUCAGGAUAUGAUGAGCUGGACUGCAAUCUUGUGUAAUCCCUGGGUCGACCACGUGAGUCUCCAAAACCGAAUCUCAGACUCGGAAGCUGACCCAAAUUCACAGUGCGUUAUCGACGGACUUCUAGGAUUUGACAUGAAGGAACAGAAGGUACGUAUGUACAAUGGUGGCAACGUUCCAAUGUCCACGGGUCCCCGUAACCUAGCUGCCCAGGCUCUCUAUUCGCUCAUCACCAACCCAGAGCGCAUGGAGGAGGCAAAGAACACGUACAUUCACGUUGCAUCUUACACAGUUACGCAGAACGAGAUCCUGGCCGUGGUGGAGAAGUUAACAGGCCAAAAGUGGCAGAUCGAGAACGUCACCUCGAAGGAAGUCAUGCCAAAGGCCUUGGCAGAUGUCAAAAAAGGCUUGAACUGGGGCCUGGGUUACCAGGUCCAGGCCAUUCUCUUCGAUUACAGCCCAGAUGGCGAGGCAAUCGGCGAUUUCCGCCCGCUGGGAAUAUGGAAUGAGAAACUUGAUCUGCCCAAAACCACCCUGGAAGAUGAUUUGAGAGGCCCUCUUUCGGGCGAAUGGAUGGGAAUCGUUCACUGGCAGCCGGAUGAGCUUCCCAACUAUGAACUCAAAAAAGGCCAGCUUCACUCCAACCAUCCAUAG